UCCUGGAACAAAUUCAGAGAAAGCCAGCCAAGAGAGCAGCAGUUUCCCUCAGCCAUGAUGGACAGAUUCACUGUAGUUAUAUUUGUCCUUCUGGUUUCAUGUAUCUGCAGGACAUUAGGUCAGACAUGUGAAGGAAACUGUGGCAAAAAACUAGAUUUGUGUUCAUGCCACUCAACAUGCACCUCUCUAGGGAACUGCUGUACAGAUUACAGAGAAUACUGUGUGGAGAUCCUUCCAUACUCCGGGUCCAUUUUGGGUGGGACAGAUGUUAUUGUCCUUAACGCAACUUUUAAUAAUAGCUCAAAGAUUGUAUGCAGGUUCCAUGACAAUAUCAAAACGGAGGGGUAUGUGGAUGAAACCAGUAGAGGCCAUUGCAUUUCCCCACUUUUGUACGAAACAGGGUGGGUUCCUUUGAGCAUCUCCUCUGAUAAUGGCACUACGUUUAAUAUUACUGGAGCCUGGCUCUCAGUACAUACUGGAAAGUUAGAUGCUAAGUUCAAGGCGAUUCUGGUCAACUCAACAAAAUGGCAGUACUAUGGUACAACUGAUGUCCGUGGCAACCUUCAGAUGACAUGGAAUACGUCUUUGGUCAGAGCGGAGAGGGUCAACAUAGAGCUCUGGGGGUACAGGGAGACAGGAGAACCAUAUACAGACAGCUGGCUUGGUGAGUGGGCGUAUCUGUACUCGCUUGCAAAGGAUCAGCCCAACAGUGGUUCCUUUAGUUUCUUGCCUAAACCAGCAGAGAACGGCUUUUCAAGUUGGGAGCUUGGCUCUCUACGCAUCAGCCCCAGCAUCUACCCUGAUGGCAUGUGGAAUGUGCAGGCCGCAUGGACGGAGGAUCACGCUCUGGCCUGGCAUCUGGAGGAGAAGUUCAGGCAGAACUCGACAGUUUGGGCCCUGGAUAAAUGUGUAGCAUGGGACCAGCUGGAGAACGAGCUGCCCAACUUCCUGAGUGAGAUCAUAGACUGCCCCUGCACCCUGGCUCAAGCGAGAGCAGACACAGGGAGGUUUCAUACAGACUAUGGCUGUGACAUAGAGAAGGGGAGUGUGUGCACCUACCACCCAGGAUGUGUUCACUGUGUGAGGGCUAUACAGGCCAGUCCAAUGUAUGCAGCGGGACAACAGUGUUGCUAUGACAGCACCGGUGCUCAGGUGCUGACCGCAGACUCGAUUGGGGGAAGUACUCCAGACCGAGCACACGACUGGGGCUCACCUCCAUUCAAGAAACCCCCUCGAAUCCCAGGACAGUCCCACUGGGUGUACGACGUCCUGAGUUUCUACUACUGCUGCCUGUGGUCUGACAACUGCCACUUCUACUUCAAACACCGGCCCUCCAGCGACUGCAGACGGUACAAGUCCCCCAGCUCAGCUGUGGUGUUUGGAGAUCCCCACUUCAUAACAUUCGAUGGCGUCAGCUACUCCUUCAAUGGCUUUGGGGAAUACACUUUGGUGACUUCUUUUGCGAAAGGGCUGACAAUUCAAGGCAGAACUGAGCCUGUAAAUGGAACUGUAAAAGCAACACAGUUGACGUCUGUAGCCAUGCAAGAAACACCCUCUGAUAUUAUUGAGGUGCGGCUGGUCAGCGGUCAUAAUGGCCUUGAGGUGCUGCAGAAUCAAAAAACACUCUCCUUUUCUGAGCAGAGUUGGAUGGACCUACAGGGUGUGUAUGUGUUUUCUCCUACCUCUUCCAAUGUGACCGUGAUGUUCAGCAGUGGAGCUGGAGUGGAAAUGCGCCUGAGAGAGGGAACCAUGACCACCACCGUACUCCUGCCUGAAGAGUUCAUAGACACCACCAUGGGACUGCUGGGAAAAAUGAACGGUGACCCCAAAGACGACCUCGCUUUCACCUACGGGGAACUCGUGCAGAAUCUCACAAAUCCAGAGGAGGUGUUCAGCUUUGGGGCAGGCUGGGCCAUCUCCAACCAGUCUGCAUUGUUCACAUAUGAUUCAGAAUAUCUUUUUGACACAUUUUUGUAUGCUCCCAGACAUGACGCAAGUUUUCUUCCAGUGUUUUCUAUCCCGGAGAAUCCUAAUGACCCAUUAGCUAAUCAGACGUCUGAGAUAUGCUCGGGACCGGGCUCUCAGUUCUGCAGGUACGAUAUCCUGGUGGGUCGUAGUCCCAGAAUGGGAAACGCGUCAAAAAUAUCUUAUCAAAGUCACAUUUCUCUUGAAGAAGAUCUAAAGCCAGUGAUAUCCUGUGGAUGGUUUUCACCACCAAGUAAUGGAAAGAAGGAGGGGACCACAUAUCUACAGGGGGCUAAGGUGAACCUUUUCUGCAACGAAGGCUUCACUCUCACAGGACCAUCGUUGCGCGUAUGCCAGUGGGACGGCGUGUGGUCUGGAGGAGACACAAACUGUGUGGUUCCCAAUAAUAUUCCAGGAAUUGUAGCCGGUUCAGUUAUUGGAGCUGCAGCGCUGAUUCUAAUGAUUACCACCAUCGUUCUUCUCUCCAAGAAACAGAAACAGAAAAGAAGAGGUGCACGGACAGAAGAAGCUGGAACAACUGAGGCAUUCUAAUCACAACUCCUCAUCUAGUCAAAGUAGUUUAACUUGAAAAUUAGUGCAUACAUAAAUCCAUGCUGACAGAAGAUAAGAACGCACUCUGCUCUGCAUCGGCCAAACGGCUCGCUGCACCCGCACUGCGAGAGGGACCCAAGUUCCCAUCAGCAAAAACAUGUGGGUUUGCUAUCCUGGCUCCAAAAUGGUGGAAUGAGCUCCCCAUUGACAUCAGGACAGCAGAAAGCUUACACAUCUUCCGGCGCAGACUGAAAACUCAUCUCUUUCGACUCCACUUCGAGCAAUAAAAUGAUUAACAAAGCACUUAUAUACUACUAAAGGACUGGCUUACCUAAAGCUACUUGAGUAGCACUUGAAAUGUUUUAGCUCUAUGAAACCUGAUGUACUUAUAUGAUUCUGUUUUCUUUAAGAUUGUGUAUCUUCUUGGUCGAAUGCACUUAUUGUAAGUUGUUUGGAUAAAAGUGUCAGCUAAAUGCAAUGUAAUGUAAUGUAAAACACACAAAUAAUAUCUUAAUUUAGUGAUAAAUAUUGCAAAACAGAGCAAUGAUGCAAAACUAAAUUACACCAUUAACUGGAUCAAGGGUCAAUGCACGGUUAAAGAGUAGCUACAUACUUUAGCCUCUACUAUAUCUUAACCUGCCUUCACCUUUGACCACACACACACCAUAACCACAAAGCAUUCUGGGUUUUAAAACUAUACCUUUCGUUUAUUGUAAUGUGAACACAUUUGUUAUUGAAGGUUAGUGGGUUCAUGUAUUUCACAGUCAGUCGUCAGGUUGGAUGAUCAAUGACCUACUGCACUAAUGUUCAAAGAGCUAAAUAUAGUUGAUUUAACUCUCGUCAAAGGUCAAACACACCUACUACUGUCCAAACACUCCAUUAUUGUUGAUGUCAAAAAGCGUUGGCAGUGUUUGGACUUCUGAAAAAAACAUUUGUUCAUCUUUUGGAUCACAUUUAUAUUUACUGCCAAACUCCUCGCUGUGCACUUAAUGUUUGUGUACUGUUAUUGAAUGCCGAUGAAUAUUGUUAUACAGUUUGCUAUGUACAAAUUCAGGGAUAAUAAUGUUUUUCCAAUACAAUGUAAUUGUAACUAUAUGUUUUAUUUAGGAAUUUCUUUCUAAAUUGUGUGAAAUAUAACUUUUAAAUCGCAUUUAGUAACUUCAUCUUUAAACACAGGUUUUACACAAUCUGUGGCGCGUCAUUUCUUGGCAAAAGUGCUUGUAAAGGUAACACAUACAGUAUUUUACGUGCGUGUUGUCACUGCAGUACACCACAACUCAUAUUUGUCUCCAAGUAAAAAUACAAAUAUAUUGCUCACUGCUAAUAAACCAAGAUGAGAUUGCAUCAUUACAUUACAUUUACA